AUGCCUCGCGGCGGGGGGGGCCGUCUGGAACACGGCGGCCCCGAGCUCCGAGGCCGCAUCCCGCACAAAGGCGAGGCUCAGAGCUGCUCCCCGUUACAUAAUGGCCGGGGGCCGCGGCGGGGCCGGGACGGGGCCCUUUCCGGGGGCACGGAGAUGGGAACCCCUCGAGAGGCGGGAAAAGGUCCCCCCGGGGGUCGCUCCUCGGAGGGGAUGCGGCCCCCCCGGCGGCGGCGGCGGAGGACAGCGGGGCCGUGCGGCCCGCCGACACCCAAGGGCGGCCCAACGGUGACCUUGCGAGCGCCGGGCCCCCCGCGUGGCCGCGGCCCCGGCAGGGCGAGCCCCGACACCGUGAGAAAGCAGAAAACGCCGCACCGCCCGAACGGGCGGCCCCGAGCCGAGGGACGAACCGCCGGACGGAGCGCGCGGCAGGCCCGGUGCUCGCUGCCGCCACAAAGCCCCGCGGCCCGGCCGGCCGGCCCGCAGCACCGGCACCGGCCCCGCCGCCGCACCGGGCCCGCCACGACGGCCCGCGCCGCCGCACCGAGCUUCCCCCGGCACCGGCCCUGCAGCUCCGCACCGCCACCGAGGCAGGGCGGAGCGCCGGGCAGCGGCCCGCUCCGGGGACUGCCGGUGCCGCGCACCCGCCUGCGCGUUUCCUCCCGCCCGCCGCCGGCCCACGCCUACCUGGCCGGCCCGUUCCUCGGGCCCCGCGCGGCACUAGGCCCGGCUGAGCGCCACGGCGUUUCCUGGGCGGCCGGCGGCAGCAAGCCCGCGGCGGCAGCGCCAGCCCCUCCCCCUGGCAGCGGUACGACGGCUGCUCCCCAGGCCGGGCGGAAACGGCACUGCGCGCACGGGGAUCCCCGGCGCCGGCGCCAGGGGCGCCCCGGCCACGCCUACUUGCGCUCCCCGUUGGCUGCCGCGGCGCCGCACCGCGCCCCGCCGGGCCGCCCGCCGCCGAUAUCGCCCCGCCUUCCCUCACUUCCUAUUGGUGGGCUCUUCGCCCGGCCCCUCCCGCGCUCUUUUUUCAUUGGGAGCCGCCCGCCCGCCCCGCCGCUCGCCUCACGGACGCGGCGUCCCACUGGCUCGCCAGGCUGCCAAUCAUCCGGGGAGGGCGGGACGACGCUAGCGCCGACGCGGUGCGGCCGGGCGGGCUGCGACGGUGCCCGCCGGCCGAGGCGCGCUACGUGCUGA